AUGGUUCAUGCACGAGCUGGGACUGAGCCCUCAGCCAUACAACAGUCGAGUGGUCUCACGUCAGCCAAUGUUGGGGACACAGUGACUUUGCAGUGCUUCUAUGAAGGCGACGUGGCCAUGCAUUUCUCUUGGUACAAGCAACCCUUGGGAGAAAAACCUCAGGUCAUCUCAACAGUCUAUAGGUAUGACGAGGCUCCUACGUUUUACCAUGAAUUCAAGGGUAACCCUCGAUUUUCAGUGCAAAGCGGCCAAGGAAUAAAUCACCUCAGCAUCUCAGACAUAAAUAGCUCGGAUUCAGCCUUGUACUACUGUGGGAGCGCACACUCGAAUGUGUUGGAAUUUGGAAAAGGAACCUUUCUCAAUAUAAAAGAUUCAGGCUCCAACAGCGAGACAGCUGUAGAGCAGUCUGUGUCUGAGUCAGUCCAGCCAGGAGAGUCUGUGACUCUGAACUGUACAAUACACAUGGAGACCUGUGCAGGAGAACACAGUGUCUAUUGGUUCAGACGUGGCUCGGGAGAAUCCCGUCCAGGAAUCAUUUACACCCACGGAGACAGGAGUGAUCAGUGUGAGAAGAGCCCUGAGGCUGGGUCUCCUACACAGAGCUGUGUCUACAACCUCCCCAAGAGGAACCUCAGCCUCUCUGAUGCUGGGACUUACUACUGUGCUGUGGCCUUAUGUGGGGAGAUACUCUUUGGGAAAGGGACCAAGGUGGACAUUCAAGAUCUGUUCAUUGAGAAGCUCAGUGCAGCGUAA